UUGCUUAUAUAUAGCUUCCUAACCCUAUAUCUCUUCACCUAUCCGCUCUUUAAUUCCUUCUCUUGCAAAGAUUCCUGGGAGAUUUGUUCAUUCUUGAUCCCGUUCCCUUCAGAAUUAAUUAUGGCAGAAUCCCAAAGUCGUAGCUUUGGUUUUGCAGGGAAGAAGAGAGCAUCAGGGGCUGAUGGAUUUGAGGGGAAUGAUCUUUUCAUGGCCAAGAAAUCAAUGUUACCAACACUAGCACCAGCAUGGGAAAAUGACCCUGCCGCUGCAUUAGCCAGCGCGCGCCAUGAAUUCGGUGAGUAUGGUGGCGUUAACAUGUCCAUUGAAGCCUCCGCCACCUUUACUGUCAUGGAACCUGAGACCAUGCGUCGCAUGUUCGCUGGUGAACUCGGCCCUGAUCGUGAUUUCUUCAUUUAUAGUCGUCAUUUCAACCCCACCGUCUUAAAUCUCGGUCGUCAGAUGGCAGCCAUGGAAGGAACCGAAGCUGCCUAUUGCACUGCUAGCGGUAUGUCUGCUAUAUCAUCCGUUCUGUUGCAACUCAGUAGUAGCGACGGACACGUGGUGGCAUCGAGGACUCUCUACGGCGGGACCCAUGCACUUCUAACUCAUUUCUUGCCCAGAGCCUGCAACAUCACGACCACGUUCGUGGACAUAUGCGAUCACGAAGCCGUAAAAAAUGCCAUCCUCAAAGGACGGACCAAAGUUUUGUUCUUCGAGUCCAUGUCGAACCCCACACUCACCGUAGCCAACAUUCCGGAGCUAAGCAGGCUAGCACACGACAAAGAAACCAUGGUGGUUGUAGACAACACCUUCGCUCCCAUGGUUCUUUCCCCUGCUCGGCUUGGUGCUGAUGUGGUUGUCCAUAGUAUCUCCAAGUUCAUCAGCGGUGGAGGCGAUGUUAUUGCAGGUGCUGUUUGUGGUCCAGGAAGGCUGGUGAACUCCAUGAUGGACCUUCAUCAAGGUGCUUUGAUGCUCCUAGGCCCGACCAUGAACGCCAAGGUUGCCUUCGAACUCUCUGAAAGGAUCCCUCACUUGGGCCUACGAAUGAAGGAGCACAGUCGCAGAGCCAUGGAUUAUGCCGCUAGAAUGAAGAAAUUGGGAUUCAGGGUGAUCUACCCGGGCCUUGAGGAUCACCCUCAACACGAGCUGUUGAAGUCCAUGGCCAACAAGGAAUAUGGGUUUGGUGGUCUUCUUUGUGUUGACAUGGAAUCUGAAGAAAGAGCUAACGGGCUGAUGGACCACUUGCAAAACUACAGUCAAUUUGGGCUCAUAGCGGUUAGCUUAGGUUACUAUGAGACUCUGAUGUCAUGCUCUGGUAGUAGCACCAGUAGUGAAAUGAAUGAUGAAGAGAAGGCACUUGCCGGUAUUUUGCCAGGGCUGGUGAGGAUGUCCAUUGGAUAUAUUGGGACACUGGAGCAGAAGUGGAGCCAAUUAGAAAAGGCGCUAUCUAGGAUGCACGAUUCCACCUCAUUCAAUGAAAACUAAAGUUCUUUCAUCUCGUGUUCAAUAAUAAGUUUGCCGUAGUUUACGUAAAGAAGGUUUUAUUUUUGGUAUUUCAAUUGUUAAAGGCUGGACCUUUUGCGUAAUAUAAUGUUUUUUAGAAAAGGAAAAUAUAAACUUGAACUUCAACAAGUCUUCUCUAGAUGCAACAACUUAGAACAAAAGUGAAGAUAAAAUAUACCAUAAGUUGCGCUUUCUUUGCCGUUGAUUCUCUUUUCAAUUUGACUUUGCCCAUAUUCAACGUUGAGCUUUAUCAUCUUCCUAGAAUUUGUGUCCAAACGAAAGGUGGAG